GGGGUGGAGGACGAGACGGGUGGGGCGGGUGAGGCCCGAGAAGAGCAGUGUGCUCGAGACCGCGGACGGGAGCAGACAAAGCGGCGGUUGCGGCGGCGGCGGAGGCACAUGGUCUGCGGCGGGGCGCGCGCCGCGACCGUUACUGCAACGUUCGCGGGGGCUGGGGGCGGUUGGGCGCGCGCUCCGCAUCAGGCGACCCCGCCGGCCUCGGGGCUCCGGUGACUCGGUUCCCCCCCCUCCCCCAGAGGAGGCCGAGGCCGCGGAGGAGACUCAGAGCCUGCGCCUUCGAGGGGGAGGAGGCGGAGCCCCCUUCGCGGGCGCCGCGUGCAGCCGCCCUGGGAGGCAGGACAUAGAGCCGCGGAGGCUCAAGCCGAACGCCCCGCCCCCCUCUGCCGGACCCCCUCCCCAAUUUGGGGGAGCGCACCCCCUGCCUCCUGGAUUCCGGUCACCCCGCUCGCCCCGCCUCGAAGGAAGCUCGCCCUCUGCUUUUCAAGAUCGGAAGUUCCCUGGGGGGAGGGGUCCCUCACCGCACCAAGACCAGCAGCGAACCCUCCUCUUGACACCCACCCAAAGAUUCUUAGGGAGCAUUCCCCCUGGUCUCCAAGACUCAAGGACCCCCUCACCCCCAUCCAGGAUUCUUAGGUGCACUUGUGCUGGGCUCACUAAGAAGACCCCACGGGAGAGUGUGCUGUGCACCCCCCCCCCAGACUGUGGGCUGCGCGAGGCCCCCCACCGCUCAACGAUUGUUAGGGAGCACUGCCACCACCUGGAAGACCGUCCAGGGGAGCUCUUGGCCAGGAGGCGGAGAGAAAAACUAUUGGUUGAGUAGUUUCUGCAGAGGCUGGGCUCUUUUGAACCCUGACAAGGACUAGCCACAUCGAAGGACAAUUAAAAGAGAAAAAGCAAAGUAUUCUAGAACUCUGAGCUCAACCCCACCCUCCCCUCCAUCGAAUGGUGGCAAGACCUGCUGGCCAAGGAACCUCUCAAACCUGGAUUAUCCUGAAGAGGCUUCGUAAGGUGGUCCCAAGCAUUCCCUGCAGCGUCCUGAAAAACUGAUCUUCUGUCCGCAGAUUGAUUGCCCCUUUGGAGGCCUCUUUUAAUGUCUUACUGAAAUUAACUUAAGAAGAACUGGGGCACCUCAACUAGAUUUUGGGGGCGUUAGAAAACAGGAUAAGUGGUUAAAAGCAUAAUAAGUCUUCUGGGUGGGCUGUAGCACAUGUUCAGAUUUUGACACGACUAGCAAUCAUGGCAUUUGCUAAUUACAGCGCUCUGAAUCGAGCUCAGCUGACAUUUGAAUAUCUACAUACAAAUUCAACCACCCAUGAGUUCCUGUUUGGAGCCCUCGCUGAGCUCGUGGACAAUGCCAGAGAUGCUGAUGCCACCAAAAUAGAUAUUUAUGCAGAGCACCGAGAGAACCUCCAGGGAGGCUUCAUGCUCUGCUUUCUGGAUGAUGGCGCAGGAAUGGAUCCAAGUGACGCUGCCAGUGUCAUACAGUUUGGGAAGUCGGCCAAACGGACACCCGAGUCCACGCAGAUCGGGCAGUACGGCAACGGCUUGAAAUCGGGGUCCAUGCGUAUUGGGAAGGAUUUUAUUCUUUUUACCAAGAAGGACGAUACCAUGACCUGCCUCUUCUUGUCUCGCACCUUUCAUGAGGAAGAAGGUAUUGAUGAGGUGAUUGUACCACUGCCCACCUGGAAUGCUCGUACUCACCAGCCCAUCACAGAAAACAUGGACAAGUUUUCCACUGAGACUGAGCUCAUCUAUAAGUACUCGCCCUUCAAAUCGGAGCAGCAAGUGAUGGAUCAAUUUAAGAAGAUCUCUGGGGAGACAGGAACGCUGGUCAUCAUCUUUAACCUCAAACUCACUGACAAUGGUGAACCUGAGCUAGACAUUGUGUCGGACCCCCGGGACAUCCAGAUGGCUGAAACGUCCCCUGAGGGCACGAAACCCGAACGCCGCUCCUUCCGCGCCUAUGCUGCUGUCCUCUACAUCGACCCCAGAAUGAGGAUAUUCAUCCAUGGUCACAAAGUGCAGACCAAGCGACUUUCCUGCUGCUUGUAUAAGCCCAGGAUGUACAAGUACACCUCCAACCGCUUCAAGACAAGAGCUGAACAGGAAGUGAAGAAGGCGGAGCACGUGGCUCGCAUAGCGGAAGACAAGGCUCGAGAGGCUGAGAGCAAAGCCCGAGCGUUGGAGCUGAGGCUCGGAGGGGACCUCACCCGGGAGUCCAGGGUGGCCUUGCGGCAGAUCCAGGGCACAGCCAUUAACCUGCGCCGAGAAGCCGACAUCAAGAAGCGUAUCAAAGAGGCCAAACAGCGGGCCCUCAAGGAACCUAAGGAGCUUAACUUUGUCUUUGGGGUGAACAUUGAGCAGCGGGAUCUGGACGGCAUGUUCAUAUACAAUUGUAGCCGCCUGAUUAAGAUGUAUGAGAAGGUGGGCCCGCAGCUUGAGGGAGGCAUGGCCUGUGGUGGGGUUGUUGGAGUGGUGGAUGUGCCCUAUCUGGUCCUGGAGCCCACCCACAACAAGCAGGACUUUGCUGAUGCCAAGGAGUACCGGCAUCUGCUGAAAGCUAUGGGUGAACACCUGGCCCAGUACUGGAAGGAUGUGGCCAUUGCCCAGCGGGGAAUCAUCAAGUUCUGGGAUGAGUUUGGCUACCUCUCGGCCAACUGGAGCCAGCCCCCAUCCAGUGAUCUUCGCUACAGACGGAGGAGGGCCAUGGAGAUUCCUACCACCAUCCAGUGUGAUUUGUGUCUGAAGUGGCGGACGCUACCCUUCCAGCUGAGCUCUGUGGAGAGGGACUAUCCAGACACAUGGGUGUGCACAAUGAACCCUGACGCUGAGCAGGACAGCUGCGACGCGUCUGAGCAGAAGCAAAAGGUUCCCCUGGGGACCCUGAAGAAGGACUUCAAGUCCCAAGAGGAGAAGCAGAAACAACUGACAGAGAAGAUCCGGCAACAACAGGAGAAGCUGGAAGCCCUGCAGAAAACGACCCCGAUCCGAUCCCAAGCCGAUCUGAAGAAGUUACCCCUGGAAGUGAGCGGCAGGCCUGCCAUAGAGGAGUCCCACACCAUCCGUCGGCUUCCACGCCCCAGGUCCCCGCCGCUGCCAGCUGUGAUUAAGAAUGCUCCGAGCCGACCCCCACCCCCACCUCCCCCACCCCCACCAACUCCCAGACCAGUUUUCCAGGCCAGAAGGGGCCCUCUGUCCAUCUCCCCGAGACCAGCUCACUCCCCGGCCCAGGAGGAAGCCAGCACAUCCAGGAUGCCGCACCCAGCUCUGAGCCCCCGGAAAUCCAGCGGCACCAUUGUCAAACCGGCUCACAGAAUGGUCUCCGUGGUGAGGUCCCCCACACCGCUUGUGCUGAAUUCCAGGCCCCCCUGUGACGUGCCCAUCCCCAAACCGGUGAAGACCCCAGUGCUCAAGAAGCCAGACCCGCCCAGUAAACCUCAGAUUGUCAGCGCCCGGAAGAGAAGCUUUCCUCUGGUGGAGGACGAGGCUGAGGACGAUGUGGACCGGAGGAAGGAGAAAUCCAAGCGGGGCAAGAUGCUCGUUGUGAAAGAUGAGAAGAAGGAUUCAAAUGAAGUUGUUGUCGAGCUCUCAGACAGCGCCAGUGAAGAAGAUCUGGCAGAGCUCAAGAGAGCCCAGAAAGACAAAGGGCUGCACGUGGAGGUUCGAGUGAACAAGGAGUGGUACACAGGUCGCGUGACUGCCGUGGAGGUGAGCAAGCAUGUGGUGCGCUGGAAGGUGAAGUUUGAUUAUGUGCCCACAGACACCACACCCAGGGACCGCUGGGUUGAAAAAGGCAGUGAUGAUGUAAGGUUGAUGAAGCCCCCCUCGCCUGAAUAUCAGAGCCCCGACACGCAGCAGCAGGAGGACGAAGAUGUGAUCGCCAUUGAGCCUUCGACCUCCGACUGCAUCCGCAUCGAACCCGACACCACGGCCCCUAGCGGCAGCCACGAGAGCGUGGACCUGCUGGUCCAGACCCUUCGGAAUUGUCUCCGGUAUUUCCUGCCUCCCAACUUCCCCAUCUCAAAGAAGGAUCUGAGUUCCAUGAGCCCAGAUGAGCUGAUGACCUUCCCUCUGAAGGAGUAUUUCAAACAGUAUGAGGUGGGUCUGCAGAAUCUGUGCAACUCCUACCAGACCCGUGCCGACGCCCGUGCCAAGGCCUCCGAAGAGAACCUCCGUGCCUCGGAGAGGAAGCUGCAAGAGACUGAGGAGAAGCUGCAGAAGCUGAGGACAAACAUUGUGGCCCUGCUCCAGAAGGUGCAAGAGGACAUCGACAUCAACACUGAUGACGAGCUGGAUGCCUACAUCGAGGACCUGAUCACCAAGGGAGACUGAGGCAGGUGCCUGUGAGGCAGCCUGGAGGUGGGCGCUGUGGCCAGGGCAAGGCCUGGCCAGGCACAGAGGCACCCUGACCCCCCCAGGACACUUGUGUCAUCACAAGGGAACCUUUGAAACCUUGUAGUUCUUCAGAUCCCCCUCCGUUUGUUUAUAAAUAUUUAUUUUUAAAUGAAACAAGAGCCCAUGACGUGAUGCUUUUUCAUUUGCAGCAGCAGGAAGCCCUUCUGGCUGGGGGUUGGUCCCCCUGGGAGCCCCAUCCUUUCCCCGUCCCUCCACCCCUGCUCCUGCCCACAGGGGGCGGCAGCAGAGAGGGGCUCCGUCCUUGGCUCUCUGGGAUGAAGGCGCCACAGGAGAAUGUUGGGCCCUUCUGGGAGAGAGACUCACGGAAUUGGUGGAGACAGGCUGAGGAAGAAGCAGGUGCAUGCUCCUGGCAGGUCCUCUACCCUCAGGAGCAUGCCAUGUCCUGAUCUGCUGCCUGCCAUCUAUGUUCCUUCCUUCGGUGGCUCAAGGAUGCUUCCCUCCACUUAGCCUGGGCUCGAGCCCCUGGGCCAGUCCCUUCGUCCCUGGGCCUCAGGAACAUUGUUGGACUCGAUGGUUUCUAAGGAUCCUCCUGGCAUAGGGCUGACCUUGGCACUGACUGCAAGGGCACGAAUGAUCCCGGCACUGAGUCCUCAGAAGGGUUGGCUCAUCUCUUCUGUCCUGGAUCAGUGAGCACGAGCUCACGCUUGGAACGUGUAGUGUAUCCCUAAGCUGUGUCUGCAGACGUGCGUGUAUAUCCAUGUGUAUGUGUGGUGAUGGUGGUCUACACCUGUGACUUCACUGGCCCAGGGCAUCGAGGGGUGACGGCCGGCCUCUGUGACCUGAGUUUGAGUCUGGCCACAGACACCAGUGUGGGGCCCUGGGCGGUCCGCUUCACUGCUCCCUGCCUCAAUUUUUCUCUUCUGUAAAAUGGGGUGGUUGUGAGGAUCGAAUUAGCCAGCCUCCAUAGAGGGCUCCAGAAGCCUUAAAGCACACCCUGUGUGCUAGCUGCUAUCAUAAUAACUGAGAGGUCCAGGGAUGUGUGCAUCCCAGCAGUGGCAGAGGUGGGAUUUGAACCCAGCUCUCUGUACUCCCAAGUCUGGUGCUGUGUCCUCUACACCAGUGGUGUCCAACUCAUGGAAGCAGGGCCCGCCAAACCACGAGUGGACCCCUGUGGGUCGUAUGUUGACUUUAUUUUAAAAUGUGCUAUCUCUGUUUAAUUGUAUUUUUAUCUGUUACGUUAAAUAUUUCCCAAUUACAUUUUAAUCUGCUUCCUGUGUAUUGUGGGCCAGCCUCUGAUCUUCCCUUGCUGUCAGUUACGCAUGUAGGUGUCUCCUCAUGUUUCUUUUGGCUCUUUUCUCUCUCCUUUUCUCCCUUCUCUCCUGUGCUCCCGGCCUGUUCUGGGUCCCGGACCUUCAUGUUGAGGCCGAGGGGGCCCAUGUGCCAAAGACAUAUGUAGGGGCCUCUGCCUGUGGCCUUCAGCCAGGUCUGGCAGCUUCUCCAGCUUCCAGUGCCCUGCUUUAGAAUGUCACCAAGAAGACUGGCCAGAACAAUUCAGGACCCAGCAAAGUCCAACUGUGGCCUGAUUUGGUGUCUUCCAACCCACCCGAGGAACGCAGGAAGCCUCGGGGUUGGUGCCAGCCUCCCAGAUGGCUCACAUCAUAGGGGAGUCGUGGUGUGGUCGCCGUGUCAGCUCCGCGCCCUCAAGACCAUGGAUUUUGGGAUAGGUUUCACCCGACACCUGGGUAGGUGCUGAUAGCAUCAGAUCCAGGAGGCCUCACGUCCCAGCGUCCACCUAGUAACAGAUUAAACUGCUUUUGGAAACUAAGCUUUUCACUGGAGGGAGGAAGGAAAGAAGACCUUAGAACAGUAAUGAAACUGGAGGGUGGAUACAGAGCCGCAGACAUCAUUGAUCCUGGGCCUACCCUGUCUCUGCUGAGGCAGUUGGAGCGGCUCGGUGGCAUCGUGUGGAGUACUAGAGUCGGGAUGACUCGAGUUCAAAUCAGGUC